AUUUGGUGAGGAACCAGAUGGCGGUCUGUCUGAAUGGUAGCAGGAAGGGCAGUGUUUUGCUCUCUCUCCCUCUCUUGCGCUCUCGCUCUUGCUCUCUCGCUCGCUCGCUCUCUUGCGCUCUCUCUUGCUCUCUCUCUCUCUCUCCCUCCCUCAGGCUUGGCCCCCCAGUCUGUGAGCAACUCUACUACUAUAGCACAGUACAUACUUGGCCUUCUCUGGCAACACCAUCCCUCCCCAUUUUUUUUUCAUUUUUGAAGGGGGGCAUUUGGCUAGCUUUAGGAAUCUAUUGCCCUCUUUUUGCUGCCUUUUUCAAACUGUGCGUCUUCUGGACAAGUCUUGAGGGUACAUUUUGCGUCUUGGGGAGCUCUGUGGGAUAAGUACCGAUGUAAUCUGGAGCUUUUAAGCCAAGGGAGAAGGAAGGCGACGUUUCCUGAGUUCGGACUUCAUGCCUCGGAUUGCUGAGCGGUUGAGCUGUUGAGCAGCGCUCUCAUGAGUGAAGGGGAAAAGUAUCAGAAACUUGAGCGGAAGAAUGAAUUGGAGGCUAAGGAAGCCUGUGACUGGCUACGGGCGGCCGGCUUUCCCCAAUAUGUCCAGCUGUACGAAGCCGGACACUUCCCCAUCGACAUCCCCUCCGUCCGAAAGGACCAUGAAUUCCUGGACCAGGACUCGCUCAAGUCCCUCUGCAGGAGGCUGAUGACACUAAACAAGUGUGCGGCCAUGAGACUUGAGGUCCACUUCCAGUGCAAGCAGAGCGAGGACUCGGAGGAGGAUGAUAUUUGUGCCAUCAGCGACCGCUGGGCCUUCCAGCGCGAGAGCAAGACCUGGUCCCGUCUCCGGCCGCUCUCGCCGCUCUCCCGCACAGUGGCUGCCACCAGUGCCUCCAGUGACGAGGGAGGAGGAGGAGGCAGAGGGGCCGGCAGCCAGCUCCGCCCCCUGAGGGCGUCGGCCAGCAGCGAGAGCGUGCUGAGCGACUUCAGUAACCUGGACGUCACCUCUGUCACCUCGGCGACGUCUGCCCUUAGUGACAGCAGCCUGAGUGUGGAGAGUGCGCGGGAGGCCAGCCCCUCCGAGGCCGCCUCCAGCUUCACCGACGGAGGAGUAGUCGUGUCGUCCUCGCCCGCGGCCAUGCAGUCCGUGGCCGACGUCCACCGAGACCGAGACGCAGACGGAGAGGAGGACGAGGAGGACGAGCAGGAGGAGAAAGAGGGCAAGCAGAGGACGUCGUCGAUGACAAGGGACAACAAGCCCAAGCGUUGCUCGCGCUCCUUCCUGCGCCGGAUGGAGUCGCUCCGGCGCAAGGACCAGGAGCGGCAGGCCAGGGAGUCCAAAGAGGCCGCCGAGGCUGCGGCGCUAGCGGCCACCUCGGGGACCGCCUCCGAGAGGAUUCCUCCCGCGCACUCCGACGGCCUCCGCUGCACCUCCGACGAGAGCCUGCCGGGACUCAAGGCCAAGAAGGCGGUCAAGUCCCACACCAUCUGCCGGAGCACCCACGUCCAACGCAACAGGCCCGCGGGCUUCCGCAGAGGCUGCCUCUACCUGGAGGACUACCAGCUUGGUUGGAACCGACCGCAGGGCGCCGCCGCCACCACGGGCGUCUGUGGCGGCAGCAAGAGUAGCCCGCUGCAGCGCAAAUGGCACACGGGGGGCGGUGGAAGCGCGGGGCGGCUGGUGCACCUGCCCAAGGACCACAAGCCUGGGACCUUCCCCCGGUCCCUGUCCAUCGAGAGCCUGUGUCCCUCCUCCCCCGGGCUGGGGGAGGGCGAGAACGCAGCGGGCGGCUGGACGAGAGGAGACGACGGCGACUUCUCCGUGGGCAGCGUGAGCAGCCGCAGCGGCUCGCAGGACUUCCUCAACGACGAUUCUGCUGCGACCUUCCGGAAGCGGCGCAACUCCACGGCGUCUGUGGGCAGCGUUUACGACAACGUGCCCGAGGCGGAGAGGAGCAUAAGCAGGAGCAGUUCAAGCGGCGACCUGCUUCUGGCCGGAGGCGCGGAGCAGGCGCUGGAUCUGGAUGACAUCCUGCGACAGGUACACGGGCUGCAGCACAACAUCGACCAGUGGUCGCGGCAGCUGGAUGGCAAGUCCCAGACCCAGGGCGAGGCCACUUUCCUCUCUGGCGAGGCGGCCGAGGAGGUGGAGGAAGACUCGGCGGUGGACACUACAAUUCCCAGCAGCCCCCAGCUGGAGGAGCGCUCCAUGUCGGACGUGGGCACGGCCAUGAGCGACUACGACAGCACCGGAAACUCGCUCAACGACAACGAUGGCGACGGAGAGGCGGAGAUGCGGGAGAGGAGGGACUCCGGUGUGGGCGCAUCGCUCACCAGACCCAGCAGGAAGCUCCGGUGGCACAGCUUCCAGAACUCUCACCGUCCGAGCGUGACGGCGGCGUCCCUGGAGAUCAACCGGCAGUCAGCGGCGCAGCUGAACCUGCUGCAGAAGCUCUCGCUGCUGCGGCUCACCGCCAUCAUGGAGAAGCACUGCGAGACCAGCAAGCACGGCUGGAACUGGGCCGUGCCUAAGUUCAUGAAGAGGUCCAAGGUUCCAGACUAUCGGGACAAGCACGUGUUUGGGGUGCCGCCUAUUGUCAAUGUCCAGCGCACGGGCCAGCCUUUACCCCAGAGCAUCCAGCAGGCUAUGAGGUUCCUACGCAGCCAGUGCCUAGGACAGGUGGGACUCUUCAGGAAAUCGGGCGUGAAAUCCCGCAUCCAGGCCCUGCGGCAGUUGAACGAGAACAACCCCGAUCACGUGACCUACACGGACCAAUCGGCUUACGACGUGGCCGACCUCCUCAAGCAGUACUUCAGGGACUUGCCGGAGCCCGUGCUCACCACUAAGCUCUCGGACACUUUUCUGCAGAUCUAUCAAUGUGUCCCUAAGGAGCAGCGGUUGCAGGCGGCCCAGGCUGCUGUGAUCCUGCUUCCUGAUGAGAACCGCGAGGUGCUGCAGACGCUGCUCUACUUCCUGAGUGACAUCGCCUCCGCGCCAGCCAAUCAGAUGACAGCUGAGACGCUGGCCGUCUGCCUGGCGCCCUCCAUACUGCACCUCAACGUCUCCAAGAAGGACGUGUCCCCACGGCUGAUCAACAGGCGGGGCGGCAGCAAGCCGGACCCGAAGGACCUGACUGAGAACAUGGCUGCCACCAAGGGGCUGAGUCACAUGAUCACCGAGUGCAAGAAGCUCUUCCAGAUCCCUCAUGAGAUGAUGCUGCAGUCCCGGAACUCCUACAUGGCGGCGGACGCGCAGCCGUUGCCGCUGCACGCGCUGGGGGUGAACCUGCAGGGGGAGCCGGUGGACUACCGGGCCUACCUGGAGGACAACAUCCAGUGCCUGCUGAGGGAGGCCGGAGAGAAGAGCAAGGGCUGGCACAGCGCGCCCUGCCCAGAGCACACCGAGCUCACCUACAAGAAGGUGGGCGACGGGCACCCUAUCCGUCUGUGGCGCGCCAGUGCAGAGAUGGAGGCCCCACCGGGCGUGGUGCUGCAGCGCCUGCUGCGAGAGCGCCACCUGUGGGACGAGGACCUGCUGCACAGCCGCGUGCUGCAGAGCCUGGAGAACAACACCGAGGUCUUCCACUACAUCACGGACAGCAUGGCCCCGCACCCGCGACGAGACUUCGUCGUGCUCCGGCGCUGGUGUAACGACCUGCCGAAGGGUGUGUGUGUGCUGGUGUCGUCGUCGGUGGACCACGAUGACGUGCAGCUGGAGGCGGGAAUCCGCGCUGUGCUGCUCACCUCGCGCAUCCUCAUCGAGCCCUGCGGACUGGGCCGCUCACGCCUCACACACUACUGCCGUGCAGACCUCAGAGGCCGAUCUCCCGAGUGGUACAACAAAGUGUACGGCCACCUCUGUGCCGUGGAGGUCGCCAGGAUACGAAGCUCCUUCCCUGUGCUCUCGGCACGUGGACCGGAGACCAAACUGUAAAGGACAUGACUUUGAUGACAACAGACGCACCCCCUCCCCUAAAAAAAGAUCCCUCUCUCUGGAACUUUAAAAAUUAAUCAUCACAAGAGGGGGCUGAGAGAAAGAAAGAAAGAGAAAGAGAAAGAGACGUGACGGAGAAAGAGAAACACGGACUCCGGCGUAUACAAAGUCCCGUCUCUUGCUCCGUAGUGCAAUGGGUGAACUUUUCAGACCCAACCACGGACAUCUUAACGUGGCCUCGUCCAAGCCAAGCCAUUAUUAUCAAGAAGACACUUCUUCCUUAUUAGCCAAAAUACCAUGGAAAUUGCACGACCUGAGGACAGACGGUCCAAGUUCGCCACCAUGUCAAAUGCCUUUCAGGUGGAAAGGUCAAAGUAGCAGCUGAUCCAAAACGGUGGAGUGAAUUUUAAAUUGUGCCCUUGAGAGACCCAUGUGUGUCUGAGGGAAAUUGUUGGUGUAUGUAGGUGGGUGUGGGUGUGUGUGUGUGUGUG